AUCUGCAACCCAAUAUCAAAAAAGAGAAGUUCUAGGAAGGGAAGGUACUCGGAGACAAACCACCAACAUAGUCAAGGUGUUUUAAAUCGACCAUCUAAUCUUCUAAUCUUCUAAUCUUCCAUUCUUCUAUUCUCUUAUAUUUCUGUAUUUCUAUAUUUCUGUAUUCCUCCCCUUCUAUCAACUUUCAUCACCUCGGAAAUUAUGUCAUCCCCACCUUAUCCAACCCCUCUUUAAGAAGUUGUUCAAUUUACCUUUACUGCGCCACAUUAAAAUACUACUGUCACUGUUCCCUCUACACCUUACCCAUGAACACCUGCGAUCAAUACUAUCUCCACCUUUGACAUCCCAAAGAGAGAUAGCAGCCGCGUGCGUUUUCUUGGCUAAACUUGGAAAGCAGAUAGUUACGUUGUUUUUUGUUUUGCGAUUUAACCCGACUUUUAAUCCCAAUGGAUUAACCCGCAAUAAACCCUAUACAACUUCAGACGAAGCUUCCCCAAACUUCCCCUAGAGCUCGUUCAGAUCGUCAAGAACCAUUACACAAAAUGGCAGUCUCAACUUCUGCACCACGAUUGCACUUCGAGCCUGAUAGUGUACCGUUACCUACUUCAUCUGAUAAUGCAGAACCGGCUUCUCCUGCAUUAUCGUCUUCAACAGCUCUCGCACGUUUCGAAUUCGAAUCUGGCCGAGGAAAUGAAGGAACAAAAAUAUUGAUGGUAGAAUGGGAAGAUGAAUCUACCGAAGGAUCCAUCAAAAAUAUGGGAGAUUGGGAGGUAUCAUGGGAAGGGAAAAGUACCGUUCUAUCCGCACGAGAUGGAGCAGAAGGGAAACUGCAUCGACUUUACUUUCUACUGGCUCCGGGAGCUAGCAUACCAAGAAUCAUAAAGUUAUCACAAGUGGGAGGGAAGACAAUUCAAACAAACCCUUUACCUGCGAUAUUCCCACCCGAAUUAGGAUUGACUGCACGACAAGCUGGACGGAAAGGUGUAUUGCAUACAAUUUGGGCGAAGAAAAGGAUAUCCGUCUUACAAAGGGAAAUUGAUGAGGAAAUGAAAACAAAUGGAGAGGGAAUAGGUCUAGAAAUGGCCAUGCAGGAAAAGCAAUGGAUUGAGGAAAACUUUGGGGUUGGGCCAAGAGUUACACAGCCGGAUGUACAACAAAAUGCUACUCCAACUAGUCCAAAAACACCCGGUGGUGGUAGGUUAUCCGAGAAGCUUAAGGGGUUGAAAUUAGGAACUAGUGCCCACGACUUAAGUAAUGUUUCAGGACCCAAAUUCGAAAGUCAGCAAAACCCAUUAUCUCCCGAACAGGGCGAUGUCGCUGUUUCGUCAUUCUCCUUGUUUCAUGGGGGAACUUCGCGCCAUCAACCAACACGUCUUGUCGCUCAACAUCCACCAAAUCAUUCCUCACAACAUGGCAUGGGUUCUCUAAACGCUCUUGCAAUUGGUGAUGUGUCACAAAAAACAACAGAAGAAGAUCAAACAGAAGAUGAAUUAUUUGCCAUCAAAAUGAGUCCAAGAAGUCCGGAGAUGACAAAAAGUCCUUUUAGUUUCGCAACUAAGGAUGUAGCUUUGAGUAUGGCUCAAAAGAAUUAGGAAGCUCGAUCGCUAUAUCUUUCGAAGAAAGUCCAGGAAUUUACUUACGAUGAUAUGAUUGAUGAAACGAACGAGAGAAUUGAACGAAUUGAUCUGACAAAGUACACACAACAUUGGGAGGUUAGAUUUUCAAAAGCUACGAGAACACUCGCUUUAUACCCACUACUUUGGUCGUCAAAAUUUUGGAUUUGGAUAAGGUCUUAGCGACCCAUUUUAGAUAGUUAUUUGGAUACCUAUCUUUUAUUCCUGAGAUUAAAUCACUUGAGGGCUUUUCUAUUCAGGUCUGUUACCGUGUCUUAGCAAGGUUCCUACACAUCUAAUACACUACCGGACCGAAAUACACCUCCGGACUCCGGAGUCACUUUGAUUGUCCCAAUCGUCUUUAUAAAUUCCUCGUUUGUCUUCGUAUCCACAAGUGAUAUACAUGAGCCACAAUUGGUCUGUUGAACUAACCACUAAGUACUAACUAAAGUCUGUCUGACAUAUGUCUCCGCA